GAAACGCAGCUCAACAUACGUUUCACUUUCUAUGACAGGAAGCGACUCAGAACCGAAACAACAGUGAGAAGCCAACCAAAAUAAACGACAUAGUUUCCUUCUGCUUCUUAUUCCUCCUUAUAUAAAACAUGAGCGUGUUGUUAAAGGAAAUACGAAUGUACAAUUCAAACGCAGCGAUCGUACUGGAAAAGGCGAACUUCUGCUCUGACUCAGAGAUCCAGUCUCUCACUAGAAUCGAUCUAAAUGAGCUUUUUCCUGGACCUGAGAAGCUGAAGCUGAGGAGGUCCAUCUUUGAGAAAAUAAACAAGCAGAAACCAAUUGAGAAAGUCCUGCAAGAUCUGAGAAGUUUCAUCCCUGAAGAUUCCAUAAAGGAUGCCCUAAGCAGCGGUGGGGUGUUGGUAGACUAUCUCCAUGUGCUGAAGGACACGCAUGCUCAGCUGAGCAAUGUGCAGCAUUUUCUUGAAGCACACAUUAGUUUAUUGGAGGACAUCAAAGGACAGCCACAGCAGAAACAUCAACCAGGCUCUGCAGCUAAGCCGCUGGAUCAUCGAGCAGCUUCCAGAAAUGAAACCGCCUUACAGAAACCUCAAGACUCAUUCUCAGGGGCUGGGAACCAAAGUUUUUUUCGUUCCACACAAUCAAACUUAUGGUCAAGCAGUUAUGGUCGCUCCCAGGUUGCACAAGUGAUGGUGAAGUUCAAGAUGGUGGUUGGCGGUAAAACCUUUGAUGCCCAUCUUCAGAUUCUGGAUAAACUCAGGAGUUCAACACAGCAGCUGAUGUUGGUAGAGAGUCAGAACAAUGAGGAUUGCCAGAUGGCGUUUGUCUUCUGUCCUGUCGUUUCACGCGUUGGGACCGAUGUGGAAGCAGCCAUGAAACUGGUUACGGGUGAUAUGCCUGUCAUUCUGGUUUUGAUGCACCACACUCAUGAAGCGAAGCCUGUUACUACGAUGGGAACCUGGGAAUGCAACUCUGUUAUGCACCAUGUUAAUGUGUUUUACCAUGAGAAAGCUAGAGGAUUAAUAACCUGCAAAGAAAAUGAUAAUGCCAUCUCUGAUUUACAAAAUGUGUUAUUAAAACGCUGGGUAAAUUCACAGUCAAGUGACAAUUUGGCUGACACAAACACUGGCCAUAACAGUCCCUCUGGCGGUGCUAACUAUAAACAUGAUGGUCAAAAUAAAAAGGGGGGUUUAUUUAGUUCUCUUUGGCCUUAGAUAAAUCGUAGGGCAAAAGGUAGGGCACUGCCAACAGUUUAAGUGAUUCAGAUUUUCCUGUCAGUAUCCAUACUUAAUGACAUGAUUGUGAUAUGAUUGUGGCUUUAGCCCCUAAAUUAUCUGUAUGUAUCAAAAAAGGUUUGUCAUUGUUCAUUUCCCCUACAACAUUAAGUAAACUUUUCCCAAACCUG